CACGCUGGCUUCGAUCACCAUUGCAUCGCGUGGAUCGCCAAGCUCGGGGGCAAACAUUGACCCGCUACAAUCCUGUCAUCCAACCCUCCUCCACCCGUCACCGCCACUAUGCGGUUGUUCAGCUGGGGUCGGUCGUUCCUCGUGUGUUCUGGGUUCCUGCAGCCGACUAGCGUGCUUGCCGAACAGAAUUCAGGCCUAUCGAGGAUUGUCGUGACCGGCAAGACGGGCGCUGGAGUUAGCUCCACAGCUAACGCGUUGAUGGGACGCCUUUACGCCAGCGACCAACUCUUCGCCGUUUGCUCCAGUGCGCGUUCUUGUACGACAGAGUGCCAAGUAGAGGCGUCAAAGCAGAACCGUCUCGAAAUAUGGGACGUACCAGGGACGAGGAGUACGACCGUCGAUUACCAUGCCGCAGUUCCCGUGUGCGUCGACAAGGCUGGAGAGGACCAGGUGCAUCUUGUCUUGAUUGUGAUCCCGGGGACCGAUAACUUAAAGUUCGGUGAAGACCUGCACUUGUCUCUGAAGGCCAUGGAGAAUGCGUUUGGAAGAGCCAUGUGGAGGAAUGCAGCUAUACUCUUCAAUUUUCGGGGGAAGAACGACACCAUUUGGGCGGCAAAGGAGGCGGGUCGGGCGUCGUUGGUGGAGGAGAUUGAGUCCAAAUUCAAAGCUACGCUGGAGGGCAGAGUGUUCAAGGAGUCCUUCGUCGAAGACGGUAGCGAGCGGGAUAUCGAUUGGGCGACAACGGCUAUCGAACUUUCUCGGAGUUUGUCCCCUUUCUCCAUCCGACCGGAAAAGAUCCGACCGGAAAAGAUAGAUGAUUCGAAACGUUCGUCGUUGCGGGAUAUUCUCGACCAUGCAGCUGCUUGUAUAACGGACUACGGGCAUAGCUUCGCUGAGAAGUUCACCAAGCGAAAUCCACAGCCAGACGACGGUAAUGGUGGACAAGCAACCGGCGAGAAAGCAGCCGACGGAAAUCAACAUGGUAUUUGGGGCAUGAUGGAGGCACCGCAGUGGGCUUGGGAAAUGAUAAUUCAGAACUCGCAGCUCCCUGAGUGGGUGAAAGAUGUUCUGCUCGGCAACGACACGCUCCUUCACAAGGCAGUCCUAGCCUUCAUCGCAAUUCCGUUGUUGUUCCUCAUAAUUCAGGUCUAUGUCGGGUCGUUCAUAUCCCUUAUAGCCUUCCUACAGAGGUUGCGCAGGUUAGCAGGGUUUUGAGCGGGAUGUUAACAUGCGACAACCAAAGAGAAUUGGGCGGGAGUUAUCUCUUCUUUUUUUUGGGCGGGCGGUGGGGUUGGUGGUUGUGUGCGGGACU